GAGAGAUCUACAAUCUACUCGGUCAGUUGCGCUUAACAUGCUUUUAUAAAGUGACAAUCUGGCGAAGGGCAUAAGAUGGAAGUUUAUUCUGAGGAGGAAAAAACAGAGGAUUACCUUUUCAAAAUUGUAUUAAUUGGAGAUUCAGCUGUUGGGAAAUCAAAUUUGCUUGCAAGAUUUGCUAGGAAUGAAUUUUAUCCAAACUCAAAGUCGACUAUUGGUGUAGAGUUUCAAACCCAAAAAAUGGAUAUUGAUGGAAAAGAAGUUAAAGCACAGAUCUGGGAUACAGCAGGACAGGAACGCUUUAGGGCUGUUACAUCUGCAUACUAUAGAGGUGCCGUGGGAGCUCUCUUGGUCUAUGAUGUUAGUAGGCACCUCACAUUUGAUAGCGUUGGCAAAUGGCUUAAUGAGCUUCAUACUCACUCCGACAUGAAUGUAGUAACUAUACUCAUUGGCAACAAGACUGAUCUGAAGGAUGCUAGAGAGGUAUCCACAGCCGAAGGCAAGGCCUUAGCUGAGGCACAGGGUUUGUUUUUCAUGGAAACUUCAGCUCUUGAUUCCUCCAAUGUAACUGCUGCAUUUCAGACAGUUGUUAAAGAGAUUUACAAUAUAUUAAGCCGAAAAGUUAUGUCUAAUGAAUUCAACAAACAGGAUGCUCCCUUGAUGGGAGAUGGGAAGACUGUGGUUUUACAAGGGGAUGAUAUAAACCAAGAAGGUAAUCCAGACCCUCAGAAAGGAGGAGGGUGUUGUUAGUCUUAAACCUACAGGACCGUAAGUGCUAGUUAAUUAUUUCCCAUUGCUAGUUGUAUGAUCCUGAAUUUGCCUCUCAUGUUGACCAUGUUUCUUCUUCUCCAUUGGUUCUUUUUCUUGAUUUUGUCAAAAUGUUUCUUUAGUAGCAUGUCUGUUGUUCUGAGUUUAUGAUGGCUGAAGAAGAUAAAUUGAGUCACAAGUGUAAAUGACCGGAAGGGGAUUUAAAAUUAUUACAUGAUGAUAUAUGGUGUUCAAAUAA